AUGGCGCCCGGCAGCCUUCGGAACGCCUGCCCUGCCGGAGGCCCACGCUUCCCUCCCACCCUGCCUACUGUGAGGCUCGGGGCUUCGGAACACACGAGAUUUCCUCAGGUUUUCUCGGCUCUCAGACACUUUGGUUCGGGCGGAAGGCCAGGACCCGCGCGGCAAGGCCUCAGGCACUUGACUGGGCUGGGCGGGCCGGGCGGGGCCAUGGUGGGCUGGGCUGGGCGGGAGAGGUCAGGACUGGGCCGGACUGGCCUCCAACCGGCCUCUGGACCCCACCCGCGGGGAGAAGCCGUGCCUCACCACUGCCCCUCCGCAGAAGCCCCGGCGGGGCCGGCGCCGCGCCGCGCAUGCGCAAGAGGCGGGGCGGAGGCCGCACACGCGCCGUACCGGCCGCGGGCGCCAAAAGCGAGACCAAGAUGGCGGCGCCCGCGGCGAGGAAGGGAAGCUGAGGGCGCGCGAGGCGCGGUCAGCGGGCUCCCGCGCGCAGGUAACGGUCCCUCAGCGGUGGGCGCGAGCGCGGGGCUCGCCUCCUGUCAGGCCAACGGCUCUAACUGCCGACGGUCUCUGCUCCUCACGCUCCCCCUCGGGCGGCCUUUGCCUCCGGUGCCUGCAACCGUGCGCCUUCCGCGCUUCCCCCGGCCCGCUGCGUUCGUCUGGCUGCCCCCGCCGCAGCCCCUCGCAGGCGGCCGUGCCGGCGGCGCGGUGAACCGCAGCACCCCUCUGAGUCUCCCGCCCUGCCGUGAUUGGUCUUUCCCGCCGAGGGAGCUGCCUGUUCCUGUACCUGCUGCCCCAGCAGCCGGCCACCGCCCCACCAGGGCUUUUGCUAGUUAA